AUGAGAAUUGCAGCAAUUCUUUUUGACCUUUGCUUUCUCACCUUUGCAACAUUUCAUAAUUGCUUUUGCAAUGGAAACUCCAACAUUGUUUGCUCCAAAACUGAAAAGCAAGCCCUUCUAAAAUUCAAGCAAGCUCUUAAAGACCCUUCAAACCGGUUGUCCUCUUGGGCUGGUGACAACUGUUGUCAAUGGUUUGGAGUCGUCUGCAACAACUUCACUGGCCAUGUCCAUGUGAUCCACCUUCCUUAUAAUUAUAGUUAUAGUGAUGCUGAUUGUUAUUUUUAUGGAAAUUAUUCUGAAUAUGAAGCUUACUGGCUUUAUCACAAGUUAGGAGGUAAAAUAAAUCCUUCUUUGCUCGAUUUGAAGCACCUUCGUUAUCUGGACUUGAGUGGGAAUUAUUUUGGAUGGAUUCGCAUUCCUAGCUUCAUUGGCUCUAUUGGAAGUUUAAGGUACCUUAACCUGUCUAAUGUCGAAUUCAGCGGAGCCGUUCCUCAUCAACUAGGAAAUCUCACCAUGAUGCGUUAUCUGGACUUGAGCUCGAAUCAUUUUAGAGGGAUUUGCAUUCCUAGCUUCAUUGGCUCUAUUGGACGUUUGAGGUAUCUCGGCUUGUCUAAUGCUGGAUUCAGCGGAGCCAUUCCUCUUCAAAUAGGAAAUCUCACCAUGAUGCGUUAUCUUGGUCUUCAUCGUAAUCUUGGUAUGUUUCUUGGAUCUGAAUUUCAGUUAUGUGGUGAUAAUUUACACUGGGUUUUUGGUCUUCUUUCAUUACAACACCUUGAUAUGUCAUUAGUAAACCUUAGCAAAGCAGUGGAUUGGGUAGAGAUGAUAAAUACACUUCCUUCUUUGGUAGAAUUGCAGUUACGUGGGUGUGAUCUCAAAUAUUCUUCUCCUUUAACUACCGUUAACUUUGCAUCACUACAUAUCCUCGACCUGUCUUAUAGCAAUUUUGCGUCGUCUAUACCUAAGUGGAUUUUCAGUUUGAAUCAUCUAGUUUCCCUAGAUAUCAAUAAUUGUAACUUUUAUGACCCAAUUCCCAAUGGUAUUCAAAACAUGACUUCUCUCAAAGAGUUUUAUGCUGCUGGAAAUAAUCUGAAUUGA